AUGUCAACAAAUGUUAUUACAAAACAAAAUUCAACAACAUCGACGAGCAACACAUCGAAUACAUCAUAUCUUUCAAUGAUGACACCUAAUGUUCCUAGUAAUAAUAUCACAAAUACUAGCACUAAUAAACGACGUGAAAGUUCAACUGGUGAAGAUUCCGUAAGUGAGAAAUCGAAUAAUUUAUGUUCAGUAAAUACAAAUAAAAAGAAGAAGCCUAGUUUACUUUAUUAUGCGAUAAAAACACCCUAG